AUGCUGCUUUUUUGGUUGAUUAGUGUCGUCGGUAUCCUUGCCGGGCUGCAGCCCGCAGCUGAGGCAAAGCAUCCUUUGCUGCGGAGGCCGAAAAAAUUUGACCGCUGGAACCUCGAUGAAACGCAGCCCUUGCAGGAUGGUUCAGCUCAAGAACUACGCUAUCGUCUGCCACGUUACAUCGUGCCAACUCACUAUGAUCUAGCGAUAGAGUCACGGGUUCAUACCGGCAACCGAGCGUACAACGGCAGCGUAGACAUCCACGUGGAAGUUCGUCAGCAAACUUCGACCAUCUACGUUCACAAUCGCGGUCUGCGUAUAACGGCGAACGAGCUGUACCUCGCGGAAAGCAACGCAAACGUGACCUUCCUCGAAACCCUACGCUAUGUGACCGAUGCCGAGCGCGAGUUUAGCAUCUUCUCGAUACGCCGAGCGCUCAUCCCGGGACAGUACAUCCUGCAUCUCGACUUUGAGGGAGAUAUGCGAGUCGAUGAGGAUGGGUUCUAUCUCAGCUCGUACCGGGACGUGAACGGUGACCGGCGUUAUCUGGGCGCGACCCAGUUCCAGGCGAUUAGCGCACGAUCAGCCUUCCCGUGUCUUGAUGAGCCGGGUUUGAAGGCGACCGUGGCGUUGCAGAUCAAGCACCAUCCGAGUUAUCAGGCCGUAAGCAACAUGCCUGUAUGGGCUAUUGCUGGAGAUUCCGACGGUUACGUAGUGACGGUGUUCGAGACUACACCACGCAUGUCGAUCUACCUGUUGGCAUUCCUGGUGUCGGAUUUCGCGUAUACCGAAAACAUGGAUGCGAACCAGCGUGUAUUCGCACGUCCAACAGCCCUCGACCAGAUGGAGUUCGCUUUGGAGGCUGGCGUACGCAUAAUGGCGGUGUUGGAUGAGUAUCUGGGCCUACCGUUUAACUCCUACCUGCCCAAGGUGGACCAAGUGGCAUUGCCCGACUUUUCGGCUGGCGCCAUGGAGAACUGGGGCCUCUGUAAGUAUCGUGAGGAGUACCUGUUGUACGAGCCUGGCGUUACCUCUUAUCGCACGGAAACGUUCAUCACCACCAUCGUGGCGCAUGAGUACGCGCACCAGUGGUUCGGGAACCUCGUCACCGCCGAGUGGUGGAGCUAUCUGUGGCUAAAUGAAGGAUUUGCUACGCUGUACGAGUACCUGGCGGCCGAUUUGGCGUACCCUGAGCGACGAUAUCGCGACCUGUUCAAUGUGGACGUGCUCCAGCGUGUGCUCGUGUCCGAUGCUUCUGAGAACACGCGCCCUAUGACGUUUAGCCGUGGUGCUACGUUUGAUACCAUCGUCAGUCUGUUCGAUAAUGUCGCUUACUCGAAGGGAGGCUCGGUGUUGCAGAUGUUCCGGCACUUACUGACGGAACCCGUCUGGCAGCAGGUCCUUCGGGUGUACUUAGAAAGCAAUGAGUUCGGAGCCGUUACCACGGACCACUUCAUCGAUGCGAUGGUGCAGGUGACGGACUCCAUGGACCUGCUUCCAGACACCGUGGAGCUGGACGACUUCAUCAAGAGUUGGGUCGAUCAAGCUGGCUACCCGGUUCUGGACGUUCGACGCACGUACCGUGGUGAUAUCGUGCUCUCGCAGGAUCGCUUCUACAGUAACAAAAUCGUUACCGAUGAUACUGCCCUCUGGAUGAUACCCUACACGAUGCUGGAAGAGGGCGAUUCCCCCACGGACUCACUCGAGUGGAACUGGCUGACUUCGCGAGCUAUCGGCGUGCCUACUGAGGUCGCAAAUGACCGCUGGAUCUUGGCCAAUGUUAACCAAACAGGGUUCUAUCGUGUGAACUACGAUAUCACGAACUGGAAUCUACUGAUCGAUGCCCUCCUGGAGGACCCAACAAACGUUCCACUGCAUAGCCGAGCCCAACUAGUCGAUGAUGCGUUCCACUUGGCGCGAUCAAACCGCCUGGAUCUGGAGAUAUCUCUCGAGCUGCUGACGUACCUUCGAAACGAACGCGAUUACCCACCGUGGCAGGCUGCGUCGCGUGUGUUUAACUACUUCGAUAGUCGCAUGCGUGGCACGCCCGACUACGUGCUGUACCAGCUCUUCAUCGAUACACUCAUCGGAGAUCUCUUCCUGACGCUCGACAUCACGUCGGUGGCACCUGACGAACCACUGCUCGACAAGUACCUCAAGCAGCUCAUCACAAGCUGGGCCUGUCGGACGCUGAUCGAGAGCUGUCUCACGGACACCCGAGUUGCGCUUGAACGCGAGGUCGCUGGUGAUGAACCGGUCCACCCGGAUGUGGCAACGGUCGUCUAUUGCUAUGGGUUGCGUACUGCGUCACCAGACGCCUUCGCAUACCUGUUCGGCAAGCUGCAAGCUUCCCAGAACCUGGGCGAACGAUCGCUGUUGAUCGACGCGCUUGGUUGCUCGACUAACGACGAACAGCUCAACGACUACCUGCUGACUGCGAUCGGUGGUGAACUGCAGGUUAACUACGAUUCGGAAGAACGCUACUACGUGCUCACCUCCGUCCUGGCGACUCGCGAAGGAACUGACGCCUUAGUGCGUUUCCUCAUCGAGAACUACACCUACGUCGUGGAGAUCCUCGGUCAGGGUGCCUUGAACAGCUUGGUUCAGAACAUCGCAUCUGCUACGAACACGCCCGCGGAGGAAGAAAUGCUUAACAUGCUGCUGCAGGAGUUGGAACCAUCGCUUUCAGCGGCCGUGAUUGCCAACGCUCAAGCAACCGUACGUCGCAACCUAGCUUGGCCUUCCACACGCGAAGGUGUUCUGGUAAACCUCUUCGUACAACGCUAUGACCCUGUACCCGUCUGA